GCCAGCCGAGCCUGCGGACCCAGGGGAGCCGCAGCUUCUCCCCCCCAGCGCCCCCCAUCAUGAGCCCCGUGAGCCGCCCGUGAGUCGCCCGCGGCGCCCGGCCCACGACUGCUGCAGCUGCGCGCGUGGAGCUGUGCAGAAGCUGGAACGGGAUGUGAGCCAUGAAUGGCGAUGCCCCUUGUCAGGACACCUCCUCCCAGGUCCCUGACUGGCGGGAGUUCUGUGAGCUGCACGCCCAGGCAGCUGCGGUGGACUUUGCCCAGAAGUUCUGUCGGUUCCUUCGGGAGAACCCGCAGUACGACACACCGGGAGCCGAGGCCUCCUUCUCUCACCACUUCGCGGCCAACUUCCUGGACGUCUUCAGCGUCGAGGUGAGCCGGGUCUUCGUCUCUGACUCGCCCACCAAAUACAACAUUGUCCCCUUCGUGGGGCUCCAGCCCUGCCACAUGCCCAAUGCGCGGGGGCCACUGCCCUGCAGAGAGGAGACCUCCACCGAGUCCCUUGACAGCAUGGGCCCUGUGGCUGGGGCACCCCCGGCCCGAUCGCUGAGCCAGGCCCAGCAGGCUCAGGCCCACAAGGUCUCCUCCUACGGCCACUCCCGGAGCUCAGAGGACGUGUCUUUCCGAGCCGCGGCCAAACCGCGAUUCAAAAAGGGCUUUUCGCUGCGCAACAUGAGCCUGUGUGUGGUGGAUGGUGUGAAGGAGAUGUGGCACCGGAGGGCAUCCCCUGAGCCCGAGGCGGGCCAACCGUCGGGGCUUCGAGGGGGAGAGCCUCCGGCGGAGCCCCGGGAGAAGUGGGCCCACCGGCUGAGGCUGUCCCGGGGCCCGGCCUCCAAGGUGGAGCUGGCAGACAUCCAACGAGAGGGGACCCUGCGCUACAUGGUGGCCGAUGACUCCGGCUGCGUGGGUGGCUCCCAGUGGCAGAAGUGCCGGCUGAUGCUCCGGAAGGCCGUGAAAGUGGAGGGCGAGAGGUUCUUGUUAGAAUUCUACGUCCCCCCCAAGGCCUCCAAACCCAAGGUAAGCAUCCCCCUCUCUGCAAUCAUCGAGGUUCGGACCACCAUGCCCCUGGAGAUGCCAGACAAAGACAACACUUUUGUGCUAAAGGUGGAGAACGGGGCUGAGUACAUUCUGGAAACCAUCGACUCCCUGCAGAAGCACUCGUGGGUGGCUGAUAUCCAGGACUGCACAGACCCAGGGGACAGUGGGGACGACAUUGAGCUUUCUUCCUGUGCCCAGGGGGGCUGCCUCCCGGGCCAAGUGUCCUCUUGCAGCUGCGAAUUCCUUGCCGAUGAUGUUCCCCGGCCCCCGGAGAGGUGCUCUGGGGCCCCAGAAUCAUCCCUGGGUGCAGUGGUCACAGCCCCCCAUGGCAGGGCCAGGGACUCCACAGGGGAGCACCUGACCCACGUGCCUCUGGAGAACUUCCUUCAGACCCUGGAGUCUCCUGCCAGCACCAGCCACACAGGGGAGGAAUGCAGCCAGGCAGAUCUGGAGGUUGUCCUUUCAGACUAUCCCUGGUUCCACGGGACUCUGUCCAGGAUCAAGGCCGCCCAGCUGGUCCUGGCAGGAGGGGCCCGGAGCCACGGCCUCUUUGUCAUCCGGCAGAGCGAGACCCGGCCAGGCGAGUACGUGCUGACCUUCAACUUCCAGGGCAAGGCCAAGCACCUGCGCCUGUCCCUGAAUGAGAACGGUCAGUGCCACGUCCAACAUCUCUGGUUCCAGUCCAUCUUUGACAUGCUAAGGCACUUCCACACCCACCCUAUCCCCUUGGAGUCUGGGGGAGCUGCUGACAUCACCCUUCGCAGCUACGUGCUGGCCCAGGCCCCCUUGCCUGACCCUGGCCCGGCUCCCGGCUCGGUGCCCCCACCUCCCAGCUGCUGGAGCGAGCCCCCCAGCCAGCAUUACUUCUCCAGCUUCGCCCCCGGGCCCUUCCAGCCGGCUUCUCCCUCCGAGGGCGGGGGCGCCUCCUCUUCCUCAGCCUCCUCGUCCUCGGGCACCGUCCCUCACCCGCAGUACCACCGCACCGAGGGCACGCUGAGCGCCCGAAGCCGCAGCAACAGCGCGGAGCGCCUCCUUGAGCCGCCCGGCCCCGGGAGCGAGGACUACCACGACAGCGAGGGCGCCCGCAACAGGACCCGCGCAGUGGAGAAUCAGUACUCUUUCUACUAGGGCUGCUGGGCCCGGAGCAGAGCCCCCUGGGGCUGCUGGGCGAGGACACCCGCGGGGUUCUGAAGGAGUCCCUCUGAGUCCGCCGGCCUUCCCCAGCUGGCCACAGCCUCUCAUUCUUUUCCUUCCCUCUCCCAUGUUUCCCUCUGCCUUGGUCACACCUCCCUUGGUUACUGCUCUGGAAACAUGCCCACUGACCCAUUCUGGGGGGAGGGGGAUGGGCCGCUGCCCCGUGGCCAGGGUCCGAUUGCCCUUUCCCAGCCCCCCUCCCUGCCCUUUCCCUCCUCCUCCCCCAUGGAGCGGCCCAUGGGUUGUGAGAUUGAGUGCUCUAUCAGAAGCUCUUCAGUGAAGAUAUGGAUGUGAUUAAAGAGCCUGUUUUAGGGACUGCAGCACCCCCGGGCUCUGGGCCUCCUCCUUUGCUCGCCUGUCUUCUCUACCAUUCUCCUUCCCCCUCACCCCGGGUCUCCUCCAGAUUCCUGCUGCUCCAGCCCCAGCAGCCUGAGCCAUGGGGAGCCUUAGCAGCCAGUAGGCUCUGAGGCUCCUCAGCCGCCCCUGCUUCCUGGGCAUGGGGCCAGCAUCACACGUGGAGCUGGAGGUUUGUAGGGCCUGCCCUCUGGGAGCCUGCAGUUUGGUUAAAGGAGACAAGAAAAACCCACGAAAUAUAAGCGGUAACA